GAGUUUCUUAAUCUGUCCGGCGGAGGAGCUCGAGACGCUGAGCGAGAGACGAACAAAACAACAGAAGAACGCCAAUCUCUGUUGACGCGUAAAGAGGAGGUUAAGGUACCGCUUUUCAAAACUUUUCUUCUACUUUUCAUAGACUUUUCAAUACUCUUUAAAAUUCUUGAAGUGAUCUUUGGUGAAAUAGUUACAAUUUAAAAUUACUUUGAUAGUGUUAAUGUGACCAAAUUCGUGCCGAAAUUACUUAAAUCCAAGUCGGAUUCUUUAAGGAUGCCUUGGGAUUUAAAAAUCUAGUGACCAGUGACCAAGUGUUGCGACAAAACUUGAGAAGCUGCGGAAAAUGAACUUGGGGCAGUCGUAAAAAAUAUUUUUUGCCAUUAUGGAUAACUUAGCUAUAAACAAUUUAAGUUUGAAUGCGUCUGAGGAAAGAGGAUGGGAAUACAAACAAAUAUCAGUCACCCGAGUGCCAGGCUUUGGAUUUGGAAUUGCAGUAUCAGGAGGAAGAGACAACCCCCAUUUUGCCUCAGGUGACCCAAGUAUAGCUGUCAGUGAUGUUCUAGCUGCUGGUCCAGCAGAAAGGCUUUUACAAGUAAAUGAUAGAAUCAUAUCGGUUAACGGCAUUUCAUUACAAAAUGUUGAUUAUGCCACUGCCGUUCAAGUUCUCAGAGAUAGCGGCGAUACAGUUUUACUGGUGGUCAAACGACGAAUUUUUCAACACUCUCACGCCCAUAGUGCCUCUUACAGCGGUCCACCUCCCUUAGCAGCUCUUGGAGUUACUGUUCCAGCACCUACAAAAAUCACUUUUACUAAAAAUUCUAAAAAAGAAGACUUCGGAGUUAUUCUCGGCUGCAAACUUUUUGUUAAAGAAAUAUCUUCUAAAGCAAGAGAACAAUUAAUCAACUCCAAUCAGUCUCUGGAUAUUGGAAGCUUUAUAACAAAAAUUAAUAACACCAACUGUAACGAUAUGAUGUCGUUGAAAGAAGCUAAGAAGAUUAUGGAUAGUUGUAAGGAUAAAUUACAUUUAACAGUAGCCAGGGAGUUUAUAGGUGCAUCGAACAUUUCACAUCAGGCUCAAAGUUCUAUAAGCACUACCGGAGCUGUUAAUAAUUUUUACAAAGGUGAUGAUUUUUUAACGUCGUCGAAUCAGAGUUAUUCGAAUCAAAAUUUAUAUGUUCAACCGCCAACACGUAAUCCCAAUCUUAAUCAAAAUGGUUCAUUUGAUGAAAAAGCCGAUCCUAUAUCAGUUAGCGGUCCAAACUCCUUGGACGAAAAAUCAAACUUGGCACCUCGAGGUCGAUCCCGGGGACCCCUUUCUGAAGCCAACUUAAACCAGUUAGACCAUAGGAACAGUGUGAGUGGUUAUGGAAGAUCAAAAAGUGGGAGGGAUGAACCCCCUAGACCACCUCCUCCCAGAGCAGAAGAUUAUUACAGUACUAGAAGGCAGAUCUAUGAAGAUGAUCCAAUCAUCCAGAAAACUAAACAACCUAUACCUGAUGCAAGAUUUAUAACAUUCCACAAAGAGGGUUCAGUUGGUAUUCGUUUGACAGGUGGCAACUUUGCCGGUAUUUUUGUAACGGCAGUUCAACCUGGCAGCCCUGCUUCGUUACAAGGUCUUCAGCCCGGCGAUAAAAUUCUCAAAGUAAAUGAUAUGGAUAUGACUGGUGUAACUAGAGAGGAAGCUGUCCUCUAUUUGCUGAGUCUACAAGAUCGAAUCGAACUUAUAGUUCAGUUUUGUAAGGAGGAAUACGACAGCAUUGUUGCUUCCCAAAAAGGAGACAGUUUUUAUAUCAAGACUCAUUUUCAUUAUGAAAGCCCAGAAAAGGGUGAGAUGUCAUUUAGAUCUGGCGAUAUUUUUCACGUCAUUGACACUCUCUAUAAUGGGGUGGUAGGUUGUUGGCAAGUGUUUCGAAUAGGUCGCAAUAAUCAAGAAGUACAAAAAGGUAUAAUUCCAAAUAAAUCUCGCGCAGAAGAACUAGCAACCGCGCAAUUUAACGCAACUAAAAAGGAAAUGUCCGCUAACGAAUCUCGAGGUAGUUUCUUUAAAAGGAGAAGAAGCUCUAAUAGAAGAUCAAAGAGUUUGGGAAAGGAACACUGGGAUGACAUUUUAUUUUCGGAUACGAUCUCCAAAUUUCCUGCAUAUGAAAGAGUUUUACUGAAGCAUCCAGGUUUUACAAGGCCAGUUAUUCUUUUUGGACCGAUAGCUGACAUCGCUAGAGAGAAACUGUUGAAAGAUUUUCCGGACAAAUUCAUUUCUCCCCAACUGGAUCCGUCGCCUGAAGAUUCCAAGGCUCAAAAAUCCUCAAAUAUCAUUCGUCUGUCGGCCAUAAGGGACGUAAUCUCCACUGGGAAACACGCCUUAUUAGACAUCACCCCUAACGCCGUCGAAAGGCUAAAUUACGCCCAAAUGUAUCCCAUUGUGGUAUUCUUCAAAGCCGAUGCGAAAAUGGUUAUUAAACAACUGAGACAAGGCCUACCAAAGACCGCACAUAAAAGCUCUAAGAAACUUUUGGAACAGUGCCAGAAAUUGGAUAAAGUCUGGAGUCAUAUAUUUAAUUCCACGGUUAAUUUGACCGAUAAUAGCGACACCUGGUAUCGUAAAGUGAGGGAAAUAAUUGAUAAACAGCAAGGCGGUGCCCUCUGGAUGUCGGAGAGUAAGGGUUUCCUUCCUACAACUAUCUACCAAUGUCCUCCUCUCUACCCCCGAUCCGGGGGCUCGCUACCGCCCGGCUGGGGUCAAAAGACCCGAUCGCGGCCGCGUCGCACGCCCCUGUCGAUGUACGGGGGCAGUAGCGCCUACUACGAUGACGAGCACUCUCCCGUCAGGUGUCGCGAAUGCGCCUCCAUGUAUACAGAGCGUACUUAUUCGCCAUACGAACGGAAUAAUAAUUAUCCUGAAGAAUCACUCUCUGACGACUUCCUCUUCCCCAUGUCUUCAUUGCGUCUCUCGUACGCCAGCUCUCCCGAAAGCGAUUUGGAACAUAGUCCGGGCCCUCCGUCCUCUCCAACUUCUGGAUCCGGCCCUGGACCUGUACCGGGACGAUUAACUAAGGCCAGUUCUGACCCUAGCGUCGUAAUGCCUCCAGAAAGUGCAACUAGUGAUACAUUACCGCCAUAUCAGCCAACAUACGAUACUAGGUACGGAUUUAGUGGUGGAAAUCAAAAUAGUAAUCAAGGAAUUAUAGAUAAUAAGGACCCUACCUAUGGAUUGACUUCAGGUGAUCCCCAGGCGGAUUAUGGAAAAGGGGAUAUAUAUUCCGCUAAUAUUUAUCAAAAAGGGGACUAUGCAGAUCAUAAAAGACAAGCUAGUAGUCUUCAUGGUCCUUACAAUCAUACCAAAUCUCAUGAUCAAUCCAUGUCUCCCGCUAAAGAAGGAUUAUACGGCACUGCUCCUGAUUUACCACCAAGAGUAGAUAGAGCAGCAAAACCGAUGGGUAUAGUGACUACGCCGGGUAAGAUUCCUAAUGGAAGGAGCGCUCACGAAAGGUUAUUUGGUACAAAACCGGGACUUACAGAAGGAAAUGAAAAUGGAGGAUCUUUAGAUAGAAGUCAAAAUUCAAAAUCGGAUUCACUGUCUAGUUAUGAUUCGUACAAUAAGCAAAAUCAAGCUGCUCAACAAAGAAUCGGGCCUAAUCUUCAUGACGAUCUCAAGACAACUCUUUCCAAAAUAGACCCAGUAAAUCAAAGCAGCCCGUCAAGAGGACCCUAUCAUCAUAAGUUAGGUGGCUCAAAGAUGGAUUUAAAAUAUGGUUUGCCUCCUGGCGAUCCUAUUGAAGAAAGUCCUAGGAACUCUCGGGAAGAAAAUGGUGGUAUGUUGUCUGAUGGCGUUAGUCCUCGAGGGUCAGUAGAAAGAGAUAUGUAUAGGUACUCCAGGUCUCCUGCUAAGCAAAACAUUCCUUCAAAAUCUCAUAUGGAAACUAAGACUGAUUAUGGGAAAUAUAGUCGAAAUCAACCUCCUCCAGAAUAUUCCCGGGCUUCUAAUCAAGAUCUCAGAGAAUCUCAGCUCAGCAUACAUCAACAUUCACCUCUCAGGAGUCCUCCUUUAAACCACAAUGGAUAUGAUAUGGGCUCUCCCAAUAUUAACGGAAAUCAGUACAAACCUAUACCACCUCCCAAACCUAAAAAUUACAGGCCUCCCCAAGGACAAAAUUACGGAAUGGUACAACCGCCUCCUGUCUACCAACAUGGUAAAAGUCACAGCAAUCCUGUGGAUCCAAGACUGAAUCAAACUCCGCCCAAUUAUUACUACAAUGCUCAGGCUGUGCCCCAUCACGCCACUCCGUAUUACCCCCCUACAAUGGGCGGACAUUACGACAUGGCACCACCGUAUCAACAUGAAUCUCCCAGAAGGCAUCCGAGUAUUUCGUACGCGAGUCGCAGCGAGAUUCAGCCCAUAGCUAGCCACGACUACCCACCGCCUUUAGACAAUGGUGGAGGAGAACACAGAGCGCCCCCAGUUGUUGAUUUGCAAGGCUCAAGAGAGCAAAGAGGUUCUGCUUUUGAACUGUACCGUAAGCCAGUGGGACAUAAUUUGAGGAACGCGUGGCUUCAAAAGCAGGGAGCUUCUUAUUACGGGUCACAGCCUAAUCUCGCUCAAAAACUAAAUGCCUCCCCUUCCUCGGCCACUAACUCUCCAACGACUAAACCUAAGUUAACCAAAGCACAGUCAUUCAAAAUGGGAGGUAAUAGCACCCCCAGACUCUUCCGGAAAUGGUCUUUUGGAAGGAAAUCAAAGAAAGCCGUCGUUAAUGACAAUCAGGUCGCGAGUGACGCAAAUAGAAAUGUGACGAUGCAAGAUUACAGCAGACCCAGCAAGAGAGAUGUUACAUCAGCCUAUGUAGACCAUAGAGGCGCUACCUUGGUGAAUGAGUACUGGGGAGUGUCACUAGAAGUCCCAGCAGGGGCCAUUCCUGCAGGAGAAAGGAAGGAAAUUUAUUUUGUAAUUUCCGAUCCCAGAUUGUGCGAUAACUCUCCGCCGCUGGAUCUAGAUAAUGGUGAGACCAUGUUAUCUCCUUUGGUUAUGUGUGGCCCUCAAGGUACAGAAUUUCUUAAGCCUGUGAUUCUGAACAUCCCCCAUUAUGCUAACACAUUACCCAGCCUAGGUAUCAGCCUCAAAGCCACAGAUUCUGAACAGGACAUACAUACUGAUUGGGAUAAUAUUUUGUUGCCUAGUAAUCAUGCGGCGAAUAGUGUUGCUGUUAAAGUCGAUCAUUUUUAAAAUUAACCUUGUUAUAAUUUUUAUUCCUGUUACUGACUGGUGCUCCUGUUUAUUUGUCGUGUCUUGAUAAAUAAUUUUAUGUAAAGAAUUUUUUAUUGGCUAUUAAAAAAACAGAUUGUUAGAAUGUUGCCAUUAUAGAUCUUUUGCAAUAUAUGUAUGUAAGAAAAUUCUACAUAGUUUAACAAAAUAUUUUUGUUUACAUUGUAUGCACUUUUACAGUACUCAAUUUAUAGUUAUAAGGUUUAGAAUUUAAAUGGACUUUAGAGCAUUCCAUUUUAUUACUUAAAUUGAAACACUCUACUAAAAGUGAUAUGAUUUAUGUGUCUAUUGAAUUAGUUUUUAAUUGUAAAUAUUUUGUUCUGUAAUAUGUUUUAGUCCUUUACAAUAAUGUGAUUAAACUUAAAUCAAUAAUUUAAGUUAUGAGGUUUUCUAAAAAGAAUUUUUUAUACAUACGUUAUCUGUAUUUAGAAGUUAGAAACUAAGUAUAUUCUAUCUCUAAGCUAUUUUAUCUUUAUUGUUAUGUGAAUAUACAGGAUGUGCUAUAAAGUUCGCAGUGUAUCGUAAUUUUUUGAUUGAGUUAUUUAAAUAAAGUUGAUACUGAUUUGCUCUAGCAUACACAAUAACAAAAAUAUAAUUUUGAUAUUGUCAUGCCACAAUUGCCAUAACGACAAGACGAUCAUUUUUACAUAAGCAAAACGUAGGGGAAGUGGAUAAGGUGAUUUAGCUUCAUGUGCCGCCAUGACAGUGGUCACCAAAGAGGGUACAAUUAGUAUGGCGCUGCUGUAGCAAAAGUUUUACAUUUUAAAGAAAGGGUAAAGAAUUCUCAGAACAGGAAAUAUCUAAAAAGAAAUAGAUAUUGCCUAUUUGUCUUGGCGCGGGUUUCAAAAAAAUUACAAAUGUUAUUUUCAUAUCUCAUGAAAAAGUUAUCAAUUUAUUCAUAAACUAUGGACUAAGCCUUUUUUUGUUGUAUUUCAAAAUUGAUAUAGAUUUUUACAUAUCGUUAAUGAAACGUGUUAACCUGCUAACUCUUACGUUAAUUAAAUAAUACGUUUGAUACAUCAUUUUUACGUUAAAUUUUUAACGAAAUAUUGAGUUCUAUUGUUCACCUCUUAUCCCUUAUCAUAUUAACGCAUGAAUAUACUUGCUACAUGUGUAUUUUGUUGUAUCGUUUUUUCCUCACCUGUAAAAUUAGGAAUAAUGGAGUUAGCUGUUUAACAUAUUACACCGACGCGCGACGAUAUAAUACCUAAUCAUGCCUUUUUAUAUACCAUAGGGUGGAAAAAAAGACAGAAUGUCUUUAUUUGCUAUUUUAUUUUUUCUACUGAAGCAACUUUUCACUUUUACCAUAUUUAAUAUUUAUAAUAAAUAAAACAAAUUCUCAGUAAAAAAAUAAUUAUUUUAUUCAAAGUGUUAAAAUAAAGCAUUUUGUGCAUCAACAAUCUAUAAACAACUUUUCUGGUUUUGUUACUUUUCGACCCUUAUUGCUUAUUAGCGCCUUGUCCACUUUUUGUUUUAUGUAACCGCUUUUUCAAGCAAAGUCCUAUAUGAGAUGACUCAUUACCCCUACCCUCAAUAGCGAAAAAAACGGCUUUAGGUGACAAAAUAAUGAAAAACUCUAUUCUAGUUGUCUAGAAUUGGAAUUAUUUUAGUCUGAAUUUUAUUUGAUUUUUAACAGGAAUUGGUACUUUGAUUAUUAUCAUUUUUAAUUUUGUUUAUAUCUCUAAACAUUAAUAGAAAUAAUUAAAUUAUAAUGCUCAAUUUCUACACUUUUUGUUUCACUUUCCUAAUGCAGUUUGUGUGACUUCUGUGACUGUUUUUGUAAUAUAAUCUACCUUCUAGCAUUUCAUUUUUAUAUCUAAAGGCGGUCUCUGACGACUCAUGUACUUGGCAAGUAUUUUUGAUUGGCAUACAGGGUCCGGUGACAAUGGCGUAGUAAAUCCUAAUAGUAAAUAACUUUAGAAUUCUGUAUAGAUGCCCGAAUAGAUAGUUAUAGAUCCGCCUCAAUAGAUAGUUACGGUUUACAGUCACAGGUAUAGCAUCUCUUAUAGAAAGUCAUAGGUAUCACUCUUUUAAAGUCAUAGAUUUUUUUAUAAUUUAUGCACUACAUUAAAUUAGAUAAGAAUUGGUGACCUCUUGGUUUAGAGCAAGUCAACGUCUUGAACAUGCUGGUCACUGACAAAUUGACCUGGCAAUUACCUCGUAGCAGAGCGAAAACAAGAAGACUUUAUAGAAUAAAAUUCUGCUAAACUUGGUAUAUAGACGUAAAAUACAGUUUUUCUCUUUAAUAUUUUCUAUUUUGUCACCUAACCCCACUUUUUGCAUAGACGAUUUGUGUAAUUUGCCGCCAUGACAGUUGUCGCAUGACAUAUCAAAAUUAUUAAUUUUGUUAUUGGACAUGUUUAAGAAAUUCCGCAAUUUUUUUUAAUAAUUGAAUAAUGAAAAAUAAAGUAUAAUUGACAAAAAGGCGUCCAGUUGGCUGGGAAAUGACGAUCGAUGACAUUUCCCAUAUAAAAUGACAGCGAUCUUCACUUCAUAGCCAUCGCUGAUGCCUUUUUUUGGAUCAUACGGUAUUUCCAUUAGCAGCAAACUUUUUGGCACCCUCCGUAUAUUAAAUAUUGUGCUCACUUUUUGUGUUAUAAAUUUAGGUCAUAUUAUUUUUAAAGAUCUGAAAUUGUUUGUAGGUAUUUAAAUAAAACAAACACUAUAGGUGAUUUAUAUUUCUUAUAAAUUAAUCCACUUUUAUUUGUUUGACACAUAAUUUUUCAGAAAUAUAUAUUUAUGUAAUAAUUUUGUGUAUAUUAUUUAUAAUAGAGUUAUGUAUAACACACACAAACGUAUCUAUAAUGAAUUAUAUAACUAACAGCAUUCUUACAUGUUCUGAGAUCAAAUAUAUAAUUUAAUAACAAAUAUAACAUUUUUCUCCCGUUCUUUCUCUCACAAAAGUUAAAAAUUCUUAUAAAGGUAAAGAGCGGCAUCAAAAAGGCUUUCGACGUCUAACUGGGUCUCUAAUAUUGCUACAAACAUUCAAAAAUAUGGCAGUCGAACAUUUAAUAUUAUUUUCUCGUCGCGUUUUAACAAAUAGGAACAAUUUUGAACAUUUUUUUUUCUUAUUUAACCCGAGCAGACUAGAUUUGAUAACCGCCCUCUAAAAAAACAAGCUGCCGAAACAAAUAUAAAUUUCUUAUAAAUACUGAAAACACUAAAAGAAAGCUAUGGUAUCACAAAAAUUUUAAAACAAAAUAUAUAUAAAAAUAUGGGCAAUUAGAGUGUUAAAAUAGUUUUUUUUCGAAAUUAGAGUAUUUUGUUGCAGAAUAAAUUAAUUACAAAAUAAACCAAACUCUAGUUCGAAAUAUAGAGCAUUUUUA